GCUCGGUGCCGCUAUGGGGGGCCGGCGGCGCGCGGCGCGUACGGAUGGGUCGAAGAAGGGCGCGGGCGCGGGGCCGGGUGGCGCGGAGCCGCUGGCGGCGCGGAGACCACUACCGGGAGGCGCGGAGCGCCGGGGCCGGCGGGACUCCUCCCCCGCGCGGUGUGCGCAGCUCGCCGGGAAGGGGCUGGGCCGCCGCGGCUCGCCCUGCUGCAGUGAGCCCUUUAAACAUGGCGCAGGCCGCGGGGGCCGGGAGAUGACCGUGAGCGGCGGCGCGGGACACGGCUCAGAUGCUGCCCUUCCUUCCUCGCUCCUAGGCAGGAAUAUGCCCAAAGCCAGGGCGAGCGGCGCGGAGAAGGCGAGCCCCGAGAACGCCGAGAGGAAGAGCCCCGGCCGCUCCCGGGCCGGUGGGGAGAAUGUGUUUACUGGUCAAUCCAAAAUCUACAGCUACCUGAAUCCCAACAAGUCUCCUGGUGCUCGCUCCCCACUUCAGGAAGAAAACUCUGUCAUGUAUCACGAAGUGAAAUGCCAGGGCAAAGCACUAACUGAAACCAACAGGAAAGGAGAUGAAAAAAAGAAUGGUGGCAAUAUAAUUGAAGGUGCUACGAAACCGGAAGACCAGAAAGAUAAAGAAAGUGGGUGCAAUACUUCAGUGCUGUCUUCUGAUCCAAAAACCCAAGGAUCUGUAGAAGCUGAGAAGACGCUCCUGCCCUCAGACUGUGCUGGUGAGGCCAGUGCAAAGCCAGCUCAGAAGAAGACAGUUAAAGCAAAGCGUGGACCAAGAAGGAAAACACAAGGAAGAGCACCGAAUCGAAAGGUGACAGAUUAUUACCCAGUGAGAAGAAGCUCCAGGAAGAGCAAAUCUGAACUGGAGACUGAGGAAAGGAGGAAAAUCGAUGCACUAAUUACAAGUGGGAAAGAAGAAGGAAUGAAGAUUGAUUACAUUGAUGGCAAAGGGAGAGGAGUAAUUGCUACUAAACAUUUUAAUCGUGGAGAAUUUGUAGUUGAAUAUCAUGGAGAUCUCAUAGAGAUCACUGAUGCUAAAAAGCGGGAGGCUGUGUAUGCUCAAGAUCCAUCCACAGGCUGCUAUAUGUACUAUUUUCAGUACCUCAGCAAAACGUACUGUGUUGAUGCUACAAAAGAAACUAAUCGUCUGGGAAGACUGAUUAAUCACAGCAAAUGUGGCAAUUGUCAAACAAAGCUUCAUGACAUUGAUGGUGUGCCUCAUCUCAUAUUGAUAGCUUCCAGAGACAUUAAAGCAGGUGAAGAACUGUUGUAUGACUAUGGAGACAGGAGCAAGGCUUCCAUUGAAGCUCAUCCAUGGCUAAAACACUAAUUCUUCAUCUUCUGGGUGUGGCUUUAGGUUGUUUUUUGGGGGAGGUGGUGGAGGCUGAGCGCUCUGCAAGGAGUCAGUGGAUUUUUUUCCUCCAUCCUCGCUUCCCUCAGCUUUCUUAGUGAACUGCUUAUGGUUCUGAGCUCUUUGAAAACUACAUUUUUACUUUGCAGUAUUUAAAUUCCUAUUACAGAUUUCCAAGCAGGCUCAAGUUUUCUCUUAGAUUGCCAAAACUUCUGUAUUGUAAAAGGAAGCCCUCCCUAGAAAUCAGAACCCUCCUGCAUAGUGACCACUGCCACCUGAGCAUGUGAAGACUUGCACAGAUUGGAACUUAGUCAUUUGGAUUGUGCUUCUGCAACUGCAGUGAAGUCUUAUACUCCAAUUUUUGGGGUGGUGAACUUGACAUUAGCUUUAUGACAGCAAAUGUGCUUUUUUUAUGCUGAUUCCUAUGUCAAUGGCUUGACUACUUGUUAGACUUCUUGCAAAGAUUUUUUUUUUAAUGGAUGCUAUUGUUUCUAUCAUUCUCAAAUAACUUGUGGUAGGGUUCUUUUUUUUUCCCCACUGUGGUGUCUCAUUGGUGAUUAACUUCAAAUGCACUUGUGCUGAGGGAAAUGGAUGGUCAUACUGGCUUUUCUUCAGAGAAAUGACUCCAAGACAAAGAUGGAUUUUGAUAGGCUGGGUUGAUACUGAUUAAAAAUGUAGGAAUUUAACUUUAUGAGAGAAUCAACGUUGGAGACACCUUUCUAAAAUCUGGGAUGGUAUUUUUUAUAGUUGAUGACUGAUUCUUGGCAGUGAUUCCUAGAGGGUUUUAAAGAAGCAAAACAAACAAAAAAAAAUUCUCUGAAAAUUUUAUUACCUUCCUAUGCUAUUUAUAGCUCCAUCAGAAGUUAUUUAUUUACUGUGAAUGCUUGAAGUAGAGCAUAGUGGUUCUGUAAGUCAUCUUUAUAUGCAGCUUCAAAUGGUAAUGAUGGUGUUUGUGCAAUGAAGAAAGGUAUAUUCCUUAUUGCCUGGUCCUGUAGGUCUGUCCAGCAUGGUCUGGGCCCACUGUCUUAAAUGGGAGCUGUGUGCUUAGCAUCUUGCAGAUGUUUUUAACAUCACCAAAUCUGUCACGUGGGCGGGCAAUAUACAAUGCAGGUCCUUUAUGUUAAAGAUGAGUUCUUACCAAUUAGAAUUUUUGCCAAGGAAGGCUUGGCAUGUGUGUAGAUGAAGAUGGCUGUGAGCCAUUUGUCGUGCUUGCUGCUGGAAGAUGUCAGCAAGGGAUCUGUGGCUCUGCUUGUCUUUUUUUCCUCCAUGUCUUGAAGGCUGCAGCUGCUCCAGCUAAUGCCCUCUAGGACAACCUUGCACGCUUGCCUGUGUGAUAGGUCAGAUAGGGACAUCGUGGUUGUAUGCUCCAGCAGCAAGAGAGGUGGCAAAGUGAUGUAUUUUUUAAAUGAAAAACUUGAAGACAACGUCUCUGUAAAAUAAAGAAUAUAUUUAUUAUUUAUGAA